CAAACUGUCCACUUAGAAGAGUAGGAAGCUGCCAUCGUGAGCCGCAAUUCGCGUAUACUGUAACUUUUCUGAAGUCGUCAAUUUUUCUACGCUGCAUACGCACCCCUCACGAUAAUCCUGGUUGUCAUAGAACAUGCCACCUAGACGGGCCCGAGUCCCUGCAACUCUCGAAAGCCGCAUCAAGCAAGGUCUGCAAUACUUUGCUGACCUGCGCGAAGACACUGCAGCAGAUGUUGCCCGUGCAAAGGACCUGCGCGAUGCACUCCUUGAAGCUGACGUGAACAUAAUCAGCAAUACCGGGAUUCUGAGCGGCAUCGUGGCUGCGCAUGCCUGGGCCGCGCGUGCGCUUGCCGUUGCCGUGCUGAACGACUCGGCUUACGUCGCUCUUGUGGCGACCGCAAUGAAGCUAAGAGAACUGCUGAGCAGCCAGCCGGGCGACCCAGUUUGCGACUGGCAGGACCGGCUGGUCCGAGCCCUGCUGAGGGCGGAUACGCUGGCCGUGUACGCGAGGUUGUGUGUGCGGACGCUCGCGCCCACCCGCGGGGCCGCCGCCCGCCGCAGCGUCCGGCCACCGGAUGCAGCCAAGGCGGACCUGGUAUGGCGUGUCCUCAAGAGCCUCUCCACGAUCGCCCGGUUUGUGGACAACAGCCUGAGGCAGGAGCUCCUCACGGCGCUGGCGCACACGCAGCUGCUCGAGCACGCCGCGCGGGCGCUGCUGCAUGCCGCCCAGUCCAUUCAGCCCGCAUCCAGCGCAGGAACUUCAGGGGCGGCUGCAGCUUCCGGAACGGGGCUUCCACCUGACAGCUGGACAACCGUGUCGGGCGUAGCCACCACAUUUGCCGACGUGCUUUCGUGCCUGGUGGGCGCAGACCUGGGCACUAGCGCGCUGUGCCCACGGCCCCGGGAACGGGACGCAUCUGUGGAGGUGUCGCAGAAUUCAAGGCAGCUACAACUGCUGGAGCAGCUGCGGCCGCUGCUGGCCGGCCACUGCGUGCAGCUCUGCGCGGGAUGGGCGAGCCUGUGUGCAGCCAUGACCGUACGGCAGCGGGCAGCGGACGGCAGCGCUCCGCAGGGCUUGGUGCCAACUGCGUCGCAGCUGUGGCACGGGCUGCCGUCGGAGCUGAUACGGCCGCUGCAGCUGCCGCCGCAUGCCACUGUGUCAAGCCAGGAUAUGGUGCGCGCAGCGACGCUGGCACUGCCUUUGGUCCUGCAGGUGACGGUCAGCGGCCCCUGCGACCUGGCCAUCGCCCAGCCGCCCCUGGGCUACGACCGCCUGCCGCACAGGCAGCCGCAGCCGCAGCGACCAUUGGCGGGGCCAUCGGCAGCGGGGUCAGCAGCAGCGGAGGGGCCGGCUGCAGCACCGGCACCAGCUUCGUACAGCGCCGUAAACGCGUACGGCCUGCUGAAGGCAUUAUGGCACUGUCUGGCCUGUGACAGCGGUAGUUACAUGUGCAACCUGUGCACAGUCGCCGCGUUGAUGGCCCGGCUGCUGACGGAGCUGCGGCCGCGGCAGGCGGCGGUGCUGCUGCCGAGUUGGUGGCGGCUGCUGGCGCAGGAGCCGUCCAUGCUCAUUGAGGGGUACGGGCUUGCGCAGGACACAGGGGAGCUGCUGCGGCUGCAGUUGAAUGCGCCGCCGCCUGCCGCGUGGGCUGUUGGGUUGACGGAUGCAGCUUCCGUGGCUGUGGCGAGUGUGGACUGGCCGCCGGAGGUGCAGGGCGCGGAGGCGGCGACAGCAGCGAAGGCAGCAGCCAGCCUGGCGCGUGAGAGGGACCCCAGCUACAGCCUCCGCUGCGCCCUGGACGCGGGGCUGCUGUCAGCUAUGGAACGGUGCCUUCGCGCGCCACAGGCCUGGCGGCAGGCCGACAGCGCAACCGAGCUGCUGCACGUCGUGAACUGCGUGCUGCGCUACUCGGGCGUGUGGCCCGCGGUGCUGGCUCGCGGUCCCGUGCAGCAGGCGGUGUCGCUGAUUGCCACGCUGGGCGCAGCAGCUCGGCUGCUGCAGGAGAAGGACACGUCACUGGACGUGAUAAGGGGGGUUUCACAUGUGACAACCCGGUUUCGGUGAAUCCACCUGGCUUCGGCGAAGCCAGGGGCGAAUCCGAUUCACAUGCGGCUGCCUCGAAUCCACCUUGGGUGGGCGCCAAUCCAGCUCUGGAAGGGCCGAAUUAUGUCUCCGCAUA